AUGGCGGCAGCAGAAUCCGAUUACGAUUUGUUGGAGUCGAUACGACGUCACUUGCUAGGAGGAGAGAGCGAGUUGCCGUUGAAAGAGAAUGAUUCCGAGGAUAUGUUAGUGUACAGUGUCCUCGACGACGCCUUCAACGGAGCUUGUGAAACGUCGUCGGAUUUGAGCUGUUGUCUCAGCGACUUUAACGAUUUUCCGGCGGUUAAAAUCGAACACUCGGAGAAUUACUCAGCCGUGGCGGAGAAAAAGAAGGCGGUGAAGGCGGUUCCAGUAAAAGGAAAGCAUUAUAGAGGGGUGAGAGAGAGGCCGUGGGGGAAAUUCGCGGCGGAGAUACGUGAUCCGGCGAAGAAGGGAGCGAGGGUAUGGUUAGGGACGUUUGAGACGGGGGAAGAUGCAGCUUUGGCUUAUGAUAGGGCUGCUUUUAGGAUGCGUGGUUCCCGCGCUUUGUUGAAUUUUCCGUUGAGGGUUAAUUCAGGUGAGCCCGACCCGGUAAGGAUAAAGUCUAGGAGAUCUUUUACGUCCUCUUCUGAAAACGGGAAGACGAAGCGGAGGAGGGAAACAGAAAUGGUCUCCUCGGAGUUGGAGGUGAAGUGCGAGGUUGCUUAA